UGUGUAGCCCUGGCUGUCCUGGUACUCACUCUGUAGACCAGGUUGUCCUCGAACUCAGAAAUCCGCCUGCCUCUGCCUCCCAAGUGCUGGGAUUAAAGGCGUGCGCCAGCACCGCCCGGCGAAUCAAGACAUUUUUGUCGUAUUUAACCCUGGAUUAAAUGUCAGACUUGAAGUUUACAGCUUUAUGUAUGCUUUGUCUAUAGACUUCUAAGUUAACGACUGCUUCAUAAUUAUUUUUGGAAUUCAGGUAUUUUUCCAAAUUCACUUCCGUUGCUUCUUUUCCUGGUGCUCAAAGAGGUGAAACUGUGUCCUUAAGUCUGGAAAGCUAGAAUUCCCUCUGUUAAGAACCGCAGGACUUGUUUUGUAACUAACCAUAUGAAAAACGUGGAGUUUAGCCUGGAAAGGGGGAAAAGGCUUAAAAUGCCAGCGAGGAGACUGCGAGAGGUUGUUUCUCCAAACCAAGCGAAUAAAUUGGCUGUGGUGGAAGAUGCGCUGCCCCGUGUUCCUCCAGCGCUGUUUGCAAAUAAACGUCUUGCUGUUGGAACGAGGACUAGCUCAAAUGGAACGUUAUGUGGCUCAUUGGAUUUAACUUCUGCUAGACAGUAUCACCAGCCUCUGUCAGAAAAUUCUCCUGCAUCCAAUAAAAGUGAUUUUUCUAAAGAUGCUGUAGUUCGGAGGUUACCUUUGAAUAAAACAGAAGAGAACAAUGCACAAAAAGCAGAUGACAUCUUUAUUUCUCAGUAUACCAUGGGACAGAAAGAUGCUCUGAGAACUGUCUUAAAGCAAAAAGCUCAAAGCAUGCCUGUUUUUAAGGCGGUGAAAGUACAUCUUUUAGAAGACACAAAUACGGAAAAGAAUACUGUUGCUCAGGAGACUGAAAGUCCAUCCAAUAGAAUUGAUUCAGCUACAACUGUGGCUGCAGCAACUGCCGCCGCCAUUGCAACAGCAGCUCCUUUGAUCAAGGUACAGAGUGAUUUGGAAGCAAAGGUUAGUUGUGUUGGAGAGUUACUUACUAAGUUACAGGAGACUGACAAACAGUUACAACGGGUGACAGAGCACCAAGCAAGCAUUCAGAAGAAGCAAGAGAAGUCACACUGCCAUGAUCACGAGAAGCAAAUGAAUGUAUUUAUGGAGCAGCACAUCAGGCACCUUGAAAAACUACAGCAACAGCAGAUAGACAUUCAGACCCAUUUUAUUGAUGCUGCCCUCAAGGCUAACAGUCUUCAACUUGGUGUGUCCCCUUCCAGAGCAGUGGAAAAAUAUUCUGGAAAACCAGGGUGUCCUAGUGUUGGGAGUAGUGUUUUUUCACACAACACAUUUGUUUCUAAACGAGUGCCUUUAAGUGAAGAUACAGAUUUUGAUGGACAGAAAUCUCCUUUAGAGACACCAGCACCUAGAAGGUUUGCCCCUAUACCUGUUUCAAGGGAUGGAAAAAUAACAAAGAGGGAAAGCCUUAUGGAAGAAAAAGAAAAUGUGGAAAUGUACAGUCCUACAGGAAAUGUAAGACUGUUGGAACAAGUACUGAAUAGUAAUGAGUGUUUGACAAGAAAGACUGAAUCAUCAGACAUAACCUCACUAACUCAGCCAAAAGUGGGAUGGAAUUUCGAGAAAAGAGACAGCACUGAAACUCAACAUUCACAAAGAUUUCCUUCCUCUGAAGAGCGAGGAACCGCUCAAGCACCUGUGCAGAAGUAUAAUGAUGUUCACAAUCUUGGCCAGAAGAAACAAACAAGUGACAUGUUCCAGGUAAAGCAAUCUCCAGUUACCUUGAGGCUUUUAGAUCAUCCUGCUACGCUCCAGACAACCAAUACGAGGUCUGUCUUGAAAGAUGCUGCGAAGAUUCUGAGAGGAGUACAAAACAAUAAAAAAGUACUAGAAGAAAACCUGGAAGCUAUCAUUCGUGCAAAGGAUGGAGCUGCUGUGUACUCGUUUAUCAGUGCUUUAGCUACCAAUAGAGAGAUGUCAGAGAAAAUUAGGAUCAGAAAGAAAGUAGAUGAAUGGAUUAAAAUCAUUUCGGCAGAAAUCCAGGAUGAACUUAUGAGGAAAGAUUAUGAACAAAAGAGAUUUGAUCCAAAGAAUCAAAGGAACAAGAAAGCUCCAACUAUGAGUAGAGAUAUUAAAGCCAAUAACCAAGACAAAACGAUGAACAGAUCUGUAAUUCCAAGAAGCCAUUAUCAGAAGCAAACGCAGGAGCAGUUUACAAGUCCACCUGUGAGGAGCAUGCCUGCCUCAGGCCUACAGAAAGAGAGGAAUGGCCUCUUGAAGUCAACCACAACUUUGCAAGAUGAGGACUAUAUGUUACAGAUAUAUGGGAAGCCGGUUUACCAGGGCCAUCGCAGCACUCUUAAGAAAGGGCCGUAUCUCAGAUUCAGUUCUCCGUCUCCUAAGGCCAAGCCACAGAGGCCAAGGGUAAUCGAGUGGGUAAAAGGCACUAAAGUCAAGUCAGCAAGAACACAAACUGACUUUCAUGCUGCACCACUUAUGAAAAUGGAGUCUAAAAUACAGCAUCCCAUCACCACAGUACCUCAUGCUGAUCAGCAGUAUAUGUUCAGCCCAAGCAGAGAAAUGCCUACUGUUUCAGGUACCCUGGAAGGUCAUCUAAUUCCUAUGGCAAUCCUUUUAGGACAAACCCAGAGCAAUAGUGACUCCAUGCCACCUGCUGGAGUCGUAGGAAACAAGUCACGCCCUGUAACUGUCACUACUUCUAUUCCUCCGGCACCUCGAAAAGGAAAUGCUGGAGUCAAGAAACCCAACGUAGCCAUUGUAGAGAUGAAAUCGGAGAAGAAGGAUCCUCCCCAGCUCUCUGUCCAGAUAUUACCUAGUGUGGAUAUUGAUAGCGUUUCCUACAGCAGUACUGACGCGGCCUCCCCUUUGCCAAGUCCCAAAGAAGCCUGCCUUCCUCCCCUGCACACCUGGAUCCAGUCUCCAGAAUUUAUGAAGGUGGAUGAAGAAGAGGCGCCCCUUCCAGGAACUAACUUUGAUGAAGUAAUCGAUGUUAUUCAGGAAGAAGAAAAACGUGACGAAAUUCCUGAAUGCUCUGCACCAAUGUUGGAGUUUAACAGAAGUGUUAAAGUUGUUCCUACAAAAUAUAAUGGUCCUUCAUUUCCUCCCGUAGUUUCUGCUUUCCGUCCCACUACUGAUAUUUUAGAUAAAGUAAUUGAGAGAAAAGAGACAUUGGAAAAUAGUUUAAUUCAGUGGGUAGAACAAGAAAUAAUGUCAAGAAUUAUUUCUGGGCUCCUUCCACUCCAGCAACAGGCCAGACUUGAUGCCAGUGUUUCAGGAAGUGAGGCAAGUGAACUGUCAGCUCCUGACAUUGUCGCAGGCACAAGCAGUGGAGCACUCCAGCGUAUGGUUGAUGCCGGAGUUCCUGUGAACUCAGACAUGAUCAGUCAUUUUGUCAAUGAAGCUCUGGCUGAGACCAUUGCUGUCAUGGUAGCUGACAGAGAGGCAGAGAAGCAAAGGCCUGCAGCCACAAGUGUUUCUGGUGAUCUUUCAAGAAAGGAAACUAGCCUCUCGGCAAGAGUUUGUGCUCCAGUAGCUACACCGCAGCCUACUCCCCCUUGCUCACCAUCACCUUUGAAGGAGCACGUGUUAGUAAAAACUCCAGAUUCCUCUCCCUGGGAAUCGGAUCAGGAUGUGGCUUCUUCUAUUAAAGAGAUACGUGUUGAAAAAGGAAGUGACAUGCCUGCUGUCACACUUGUUAGCACGCCAACACGAACUCCUGUCACUACCCCUCCUCCAGCAGCAGCUCUUACUCCAACUUUGUCUGAAAUUUCCAUUGACAAGUUGAAGUUAUCAAGCCCUGAACUUCCCAAGCCAUGGGACAGUGGAGACCUGCCACUGGAUGAAGAGAAUCCUAACUCUCUUCAGGAACUUCCUCACCCAAGAGCUGUUGUAAUGUCUGUGGCUAAUGAAGAACCCGAGAGUGUCGACUUUCCUGCUCAGCCUACACCUCCAGAGCCAGCUCCCGUAGCACCACUUCCUGAGGGCACCAAGGCUCCUUCUCUCCAGCGGAUGCCAAGUUCUGGGUCAUCAACCCUGGAGAACACUUUGAGCACUGUCACUGAAACAGAAACUUUAGACAGGCAUAUAUCUGAAGGGGAGAUCUUACUUAGCUGUGGUCAAAACUUGGCUACCAAGAGAACUGGGGACUUGUUUCUGAUGAACAUAAACGACAGCUUAUCCAGCACCCUGCAGGAUGCCCUUGAAAUGGACGAUGACCCUCCCAGUGAAGGACAGGUGAUUAGGAGGCCCCAUAAAAAGCUUCAUGAAAAUGCUAUCCUCGCUCUUCUUACUAAGCAAGAACAGGAAUUAUUAGUUUCACAGCAAGCAGAGGACUUGGAUAACAGCGUGGGCGAGCUUAGCGAAGGACAGAGGCUGGUUCUGAAAGCAGCAGAGGACAUUUUAGCAGGACCAUCGGUCUGCAUGAUGCAGCCCUCUUCUCCUGCAGAGCCUUCCGAUCAGCACGCAGACUCUGGGCUGGUAUUGCAGCAGUCUGGCAUGGCCUCAGGUAAUAUUUGUGAAGAUUUAUGUGUCAGUCAUGGCCCAAUGAGCUUAAGGGAACUGGAGUUGCAGCCUGAUUCUAACCUUAUUCUUCCCACAACACAUACAACAACAAAAGUCACUGAUGUUAAUUUACCAGAAGCAGCUGAAGAUUUUUCUCAGUACCAACAAAAGCAAGACAUUAAACAAGUUGAACACAAGCCAAUACAAAGACAUCUAACCUGUGUAAGAAAUAAAUCUGACUGUUUACUUUCACAACAUCAAGGUGGCCCAGCAGAUCCGCUGCUCAUUGCACAUGUGUCACCCACCAGGAUGUCUGUGACUCUACCCUCUGCAAACCUUGAGGACUGCUCUCAGUCCCUGAGCACCAGCUCCAUGCGUGGCGGCGCAGAGUCCUCAGGGACGGACACCUUCUGAGCAGGAGGAGAGGCGGCACAAGGUUCAUGAAGACAUGUCACUCUGGCUGCAGACCAUGUCCGUACACUACUGGCCUUUGAACAUAUUUUUAGGGGAAAACAUUUCUAAUAUUUUGUUAAGAUGAAAGUGUCCUUUGAAUAUUUAGUAAGACUUUUGAAUAAAGUAGUUAUAACUCGUA